UAUAUAUGGCUCUACGGCGAAACGGUGUGUUGCUGAAGUUGAUAAGAGAGAAUGGUGGGAGUUUCCUCUAUUCAACCCCGCUUCGUCUCUACCUUUCUUGGCGAUUGCCGCUUCAUUAACCAUCCUCAUCACUCACUUCAUCGACUCUUCCAUUACAGCCCAGGAAAUAAACAUGUCUCCAUGCAAUGCUCAAGAACAUUUUCUGGGUUAACGGAUUUGUUAUUCAAUAGACGAAAUGUAGAUGAACUUCCAAACACCAAUCGCAAUCGUUUAAGACCAGGUCAAAUUUCUCCUCCUCGACCAGUUCCAGAACAAAUACAAAGGCCUCCAUAUGUGAAGUCUAGGAAGCCACCUGGGAUUGGUAGUGGCUCCGAAGUGCAUGACAAAAAGGGAAUAGAAAAGAUGAGAGCUUCGGGAAGGCUUGCUGCACAGGUUCUUCAGUAUGCUGGGACAUUAGUCAAGCCAGGCAUCAUGACAGACGAAAUUGACCAAGCCGUUCACCAAAUGAUCAUUGACAAUGGAGCAUAUCCAUCACCUCUUGGUUAUGGUGGAUUUCCAAAGAGUGUAUGCACAUCAGUAAACGAGUGCAUUUGCCACGGAAUCCCAGAUUCACGUCCACUUGAGGAUGGGGAUAUUAUCAAUAUUGAUGUCACCGUUUAUCUUAAUGGUUACCAUGGUGACACCUCAGCGAUGUUCUUUGCAGGAAAUGUUGAUGAGGAAGCCAAAAACUUGGUGCAAGUGACUAAAGAGUGCUUGGACAAGGCAAUAUCAAUAUGUGCACCAGGAGUGGAAUUCAAUAAAAUUGGCAAGACGAUACAUGACCUUGCAGAUAAACAUCGCUAUGGGGUUGUGCAACAGUUCGUUGGCCAUGGAGUGGGACGUGCUUUCCACAGUGAUCCAGUCAUUCUGCACUACAGGAACAAUGAUCGCGGACGGAUGGUGCUCAAUCAGACAUUCACUAUUGAGCCGAUGCUGACAAUUGGCAGCAUAGAUGGAGUAAUAUGGGAUGAUGAUUGGACAGUUGUUACAGAAGAUGGUAGUCUAUCAGCACAGUUUGAGCACACCAUUUUGAUAACUGCAGAUGGUGCUGAGAUUCUAACGCAGUGCUAGCGAUGGUCCUGCAACAGCAUCGACAAUUCAAUAUUGAAAAUGGGACAAGAGAAGGAAAGAAGACUUGUACAAGCAUUUUUAAACUUGAAACCCCUACUUAUGUAGACAAUGGCAGACGAGAGUUAGGGGUAUUGAAUAGUUACAGACUUACAGGUAAAUGAUUUGCGUGGGACAUGGUAAUCACGAAACCUUGGCCGAUGUAUCUGGCGGCACGUAUUGUUUGUUGAUCAUAAUUUAUGAAUUCAGUUAUCACAGGGAGCAUACGUUGCAUAUCUAUGAAAAAGAUUUUAUGCUUGUUUCUUUCUCUUGUUUGAGACAAGUCGUGAAUCUUCUAUAUUGUGGGAACAGCCAGAAAGAAGAUAGAAAGACCGGUGACUGGUCUGUUACUGCUUCAGAUGGAUUAUACGAGGUCACUACUCUCCUUCCUGAUUGACAUUUCCUUUUUAAAAUGGCUCAUUCUUCAACUC